CGGGGGGAGCCGCGGGGCCGGGAGCGGGGUAGGCUGCGCCCGUACUUAAGCGCGCUGCCCGAGCCGCUGACGUCUUUCGAAUUGGAGACGGGCUGCCCCGCUCCCGCCCCGGGCUCCAGCGGACACGGCCGGGGACGGAGCCAAGGUACGAGUGUCUUUCUAGAAUGUCCAGGCAUGCAAAAAAGCUUAGAGAUCAUGAUAUAAAUCCAUGUCUAGCGGAAACAGAUGCCACUACAAAAUGUAUGAAUGACAACAACUAUAACAAGGAUAUGUGUACUGAUUACUUUUUGAAGUACAAAAACUGCAGAAAAUUCUGGCAUGGCAUUAUGAUGCAAAGGAAGAGAAGUGGUGUGAAACCAGAGAUGCCCUCAGCAGAAGAAAGAAAGAAAAUCUUGGAAUCAAUGGGGAAGCCCUACUGACUGGAAAUCUCAAUUGACUGUUGUCUCAAUACGUAUGAAGACUUGGCAGCAGCAAGUUACCAUUUCAUGAACCGGAUUUUACAGUUGCCAUAUGUUGGAUUAAAAUAAGAUCUUAAAUUUUGAAAUGUGGGAGCUUUCUAGGAUAGAAUUUCCUGGGUUUGUUCCUACUUCCUGUCAUAGGAACCUGGCCUCUUUUAUUGGAAGAUACGGGUCUCAAUGCCACUUGUAUAGAAACUUUUGGAAGUAGAAACUACCUUGCUGUGAAAUGCUAAAUAUAAAAUUAAUGGGACUUGAAGAAAGCCUGUUUGAAAAGAUGGGUUGGUGAGCAUUGCAGUGUGAUUCUAAGACUGGAGCAGAUUGAGAAACUGGUACAUGCAACAUGUUUCUUGCACUCAGCUCAAUAGUAUGGAUUUACCAUGUAUGAAUGAUAAAUCACUAUUUUCACAUGUUGCAUUCUGUGUCCCCAGUUUAAAUAAGACCGUUCAUGAACUAAAAUCCUAAGUCAAACAAGCUUGUCAUUGGGUCUGCCACUGCACUUGUCAGGGACAGCAGAAGCUUGCAGUAAGUCAGAUCUGCAAGCUGUGCUAGUUAGAAGGUUAGAGAGAUGGGUGAAGAUAAAACUGAACUCCUCAGAUCUGAGCUGCAUAGUAAUUUCUGUGGAUAGUAAAUAGAUACUUAGGUGGCGGGCAGGCAGGGGGGACUUGCAGACAUGUAAACAGAUCCUCUGAGUGACAUGGCAGGUUUAACUAUAGCACAUCUAUCUAAGACUCUGGACAGCUGAAACCUGGGGUUUGGAAAUGCUUACUCAUAUGAGAUUACAAAGCUCAGUUUAAACAGGUACUCUAAUCUUAAAUAAGGUUGAUUCUUUAGCUAAAUUGAACAAGUAAUAAAUGUAAACAUGUUGCUGUCUA